AUGGUGCCCCCACCCCCGGUAGCUGAGUGGUGGUACCGGGGCGGCGGCGACUCUGUGACGGCGGUGCUGCUGGGGGACCGCGUGCGCCAGGCGGGCGGCAGCCUCUACUUCCGGCAGGUGGCGCUGGCCGACGCCGGCCGCUACACCUGCCUCGUCAACAACUCCGUGGGCAUGCAGCGCGCGCUCACCACUCUGGUCGUCACAGCCCCGCUUUCGGUCCACGUGAGCCCGCAGCAGCAGACAGUGUCCCUGGGACAGCCUGCCAACCUCAGCUGCACCACGGAGGGCCAUCCCCAGCUGGCCGUCUCCUGGCUCAAGGACGGACGACCCCUCAAGGUCUCGCAGAGGGUGCAGCUGCUUACUGACAAGAUCCUUAAAAUCUCGUAUGUUGAGCUGGAAGAUCGUGGCAUGUACCAGUGCAUAGUCUCCAACAAUGAUGACAACGCUCAAGGAACUGCUGAAAUCAGCCUCAGAGAGUGGCCGCCGGUGCUGGUGCGCACCUUCUCCGGGGCGACCGUGCGGCCGGGCGCGUCGUGGCGGGCCACGUGCGAGGCGGCGGGCUGGCCGCGGCCCCACGUGUCGUGGCUGCUGGACGGGGAGCCGCUGCCGGCGCAGCCGCCGGACGCAGGCGAGGAGGCGAGCAGCAGCGCCGUGGCGGCGUCCACUGUGCGCGUGGAGCGGGCGCGGCCGCGCGACGCCGGCCUGUACGAGUGCGUGGCGGCCAGCGCCGCGGGCAGCGCGUCGCACCGCGCCCGCCUGCACGUCGCCGGGCCGCCGCACGUGCGGCCCAUGGCCGACCGGCGCGUCGCCGCCGGCGCCACGGCGCACUUCACCUGCCGCGUUGCCGGCUUCCCCGUCACGCAGAUCCGCUGGGAGCGCGACGGUAAGUCCCUGCCGCAGAAUGAGAGACAACAGGUGUUCCCAAACGGUACUCUGGUAAUCAAAGAGGCGGACGAGCAGGACUCCGGGGGCUACGUCUGUGUCGCCUCGAACCCUGAUGGUCUCACCUCCAGGAGCAAACUCAACGUCCAGGUUAUGGAACCACCUGAGAUACAUCCGUUUACGGUGAAGCCAAACUUGCAGCGUGGCAUGAGGAUCCACCUCACCUGUGUGGUUAUCAGAGGGGACUUCCCCAUCACGUUCCACUGGCUGAAGGACGGGGCGGACCUGCCGCAAGACAGCGGCAUCACGGAGAAGACGCUGGACGAGUACUCGAGCACUCUGGCCAUCAGCCGGCUGGCGGCCCACCACUCCGGUAACUACACGUGCACCGCGGCCAACGCCGUCGCCACCGCCAGGCACACAGCAGAGGUCGUCGUCAGCGUGCCACCUUCGUGGAAAACUGAACCCCAGGAUGCAGAGGCAGUAGAAGGCGAGAACCUGACCAUUCCGUGCUCCGCUUCCGGUAUUCCAACACCGAAGAUAUCGUGGAAGAGACAGGACGCAGAGAGUUCAGCUGCAGGAACCGAGGAAAUGCAUACGUCCGUCAACUAUGGGGUUCUAGAAAACGGCAGCCUGUGGAUCGCGAACGUGACGGCAGAGCACGCGGGCAGCUACGCCUGUGAGGCCUCUACCGACGCCAGCUCAUCUCUCAGCAAGACCGUCCGCCUCACAGUGCACCUGCCUGCCCGGCUGUCGGCGACGGCGGACAACGUGACGGUGGCGGCGGGCGGCGAG